AUGAAAACGUUAACUUUAUAUUUAAAAAUUACUACAUUCCUUCUUUUAAUUUGGAUAUAUCAAUGUUUUUAUAACUGUUAUUCCUAUAAAACAUUGAUUGAUGAAAAUAUACUACAAAAAAAAAAUGAAUUAAAAUAUGAAAGAGUAUUAACAGAGGGUAAGAUAGCAGGAAAAAAGCAAGCUUACGCUGUAGGAUACCUAGAAGAAUGUCCAUUAGAUAAUAAAAAAAAAAAAUGGGAAAAUCCGGGUCAAUACAAGAAUCCUUGCGAUCAAUGGCAUAAUGUCAUUACUCCACUUUUGCGGGAGUUAUUUAAUAAAGAAGCAAGUGAAAUGGACCCUAAAUUGAGAGACCAAAAAUGGAAUAAGGAAUGGAAUAAAAUUUCAGCCAACAAGGUUAAUGAUCUAUCUGCAAUAUUUUAUCGAAGUGAUAUUUCAGAAGAAGAAAAACGAAAAUUAAUUCGUAGUGUUAAGGAAGAACUCCACAUGGAAUUUGUGAAAUUUUUAGGCGAAUGUAGGAAAGAGAUGAGAGACAAUAAAACAGAAUCCGAAUCUACGAAGGAGAUGACAGAGAAUAAAACAGAAUCCGAAUCUACGAAAGAGAUUAGAGAAAAUAGAACAGAAUCCGAAUGUAAGAAAGAAAUGAGAGAAAAUAAAGCAGAAUCCAAAUCUAAGAAAGAGAAGGGAAAAAAAAAAAUAAAAAAUAAGGAAUAA